CACCUACCGCCGAAGAGAAAGAACUACUUUGGGUUUUAUACAGGGUGUUUUUUUCUCAAUAUGUUGUCAUUAUUUUUUGGUAAAGCAGUGUGUUUGAUGAUCAUUUUUAAUGUGUGCUCCAUGACAUCUGCUGAUGAUUUGAAGGACGAGGACAUCCAGCGCGACGCCCGUGACCGCGCGUCCAUGUGGUUCGGGCCGCGCCUCGGGAAAAGAGCCAUGCACCUCGCGCCCGACGGUGACGGGCAAGCAGUAUACAGGAUGCUCGAAGCAGCAGACGCGCUCAAGUACUACUACGACCAACUCCAGUAUUAUGGGGCUCAGGCUGAUGAUCCUGAGACUAAAGUGACAAAGAAGGUGAUCUUCACCCCCAAACUGGGCCGCAACGCUGAUGAGGACCAGCAGCAGUCUGUGGACUUCACGCCGCGACUCGGCCGUAGGAGGCUCAAGGACUCGGGGCUCGCGCCGCCUGAUGAAUACCGCACGCCCGAGCUGCUGGACGCGCGCGCGCAGUACUUCUCCCCCCGGCUCGGCCGCGGCGGCAGCAUGACCUUCUCGCCCAGACUCGGACGGAACCUCGUUUACGAUUUAUACCCAGCCAGCAUACGUGUGGCUAGGAGCGCCAAUAAAACGAAAUCUACAUAAAUAUUUAAACUGAACUGAAUUAAUAAAUUAAAAGCAAACUUGAAAAUU